AUGACGGCGCGAGGCAAGCAGCAGCAGCAUGCCUUACUCCCCUCCUCCUUAAUCUCCUCACUCUCCAUCAACCCCGCGACUUUCUUCUCCAACCGCCCCGUGCGGCUCGUCUUCGUCGGCUCGCUCCUCCUCUGCCUCUGCAUCCUCCUCUCCGACCUCUUCCUCCAAUCAAACGACGACGCGUCAGCCGCGCCCGCCGCCGCGUCGCCCGCCGUCGCCGCUGCCGUCGCGUCGGGGCGCUACCCGACGAGAGUUUCUCCGCACGACACGCUGCGCUGGUUUCGAGAAGAGGCGCGCCGGGGGAGACCGGAAGGGGGAGGGGGAUCGUUGGGGGGAUGGCAGCAGGGGGACAGGGGCGAGCCUGUGCGCGUGCUUCAGGCGGAAAUUGCUCGCUAUAGGGAGGGUCAGGGGGGCGUGAUUGCAACGGGGCUGCUGUCGGGGUCCAUCCCCACGGGCCCACUCUCUGCCAUCAAGGAGAAGAUGGCCGAAAUCAACCGCCAGCUCGACGACGCCAGGUCAGCGCUCGCCCAAUCGGAGAAGGAGAAAGCCCAGCUGGUCGCUGAGCUGGCGAAGAUGCGAGACAGCGGAGGGGGAGCGGGAGGGGGAGCAGGUGGGGGCGGGGCAGCCGGAGCGGGAGUGGUAGCAGCAGCAGCAGGGGGAAGUGCAGCGAGUGCAGCGGCGCGGUCACCCGGGUUUGGGCUGUGCAUGGCGACAACAGCGGAGAUGCGGCGCUAUCUCAACUACACCAAGCGUGCCGCCUGCCCCGACGACUGGCGCUUUGUCGAGCACCUCCGCUUCGCUCGCAACUGCCUGCACCUCCCCCGCCGCCGCUGCCGAGCCACUGCUCUCACCCCCCCGGAUUUUCAAGAGUACACCCUCGGUUUCCCGGCGGCUGUGUUUGCGAAGGAGGCGCUGCGAGACGAGAACGUGCGGUGGGGGGAGGGCAUGCGGUGCGGGUCGUAUAAGGAGUGCGUGGAGGUGAGUAAGGAGGAGGGCGUGGCGUGCAAGGGGUGCUUUGACGUGGAGUCGGAACAGCACUGGUGGGAUAAGAGUGUGUCCGGUACGAUUCCCCUCAAGGCUUUCCUCAAGCUGAAGCCGCCAGGGGCGCUGAGGAUUGGCCUGGAUGUGGGAGGUGGUACGGGAGGGUUCGCUGCGGUGAUGGCUCUGCACAAUAUCACUAUAAUCACCACAGGAAUGAACACGGAUGGCGGGCGAGAGGACGAGAAAGCUGUCCCAUACAUGCAGACCAUAGCCCAGCGUGGCCUCGUUCCUCUCUACCUCCCGCACUCGGCUCCUCUUCCGUUUUUUGACAACACUUUGGACCUCAUUCACACGCUCAACAGCGUUAAGUACCCGCACUUAGCUGAGUUUGAGGCGAUGCUGUUCGAGUGGGACAGGGUGGUGAGACCGGGCGGGCUGUGGUGGAUAGAGAUGUUCUACGCGCCCGACAGGGAGAUGAAGGCGUACGUGCAAGCGCUGGAGGCGUUUGGGUAUGGCAAGCGGUACUGGAGCCUGGGGAGGAAGCAGCGUGCUUCGGAGCGGAAAGGCAACCACUUUGUGCUCACGUGUGUGCUGGAGAAACCGUUGAAGCUGCAAGGGUGA